AUGACACCGAUUAAGCUUACGAUUGCACUCACUCCCUUCCUUUUCUGCACCAUCCUCACCUUUGGAUCGGCCAUUCCCCUCACCUCCACAACAUUUCAUCGUGAUGAGGAUAAGCAGUGGAUCCUUGCAGGUCUCUCUCUCAUUCGCAGACUUGACUGCACUCACGUGACAAGUGUCAGUCGUCAGGAAUGCGUCAAAAUACGUGUUGCACCGGCCUCUAGAUUUGUUGCCUAUAUGGCGACGCUGAAACAUGAUGGAAUGCGGUACUUAGUAAUGACCCAUCCGGAGGCAGCGGAAGACGAAGAGGAGAAGUUCAACCUGCGAACACAAGGAGGAAACUUAACGGGAGUCCUGGUGCUUGAUCCCCUCGCUGACCGCGCUUUCGGACAUCCUCUCUUCAUCUUUCGUAUCGUCGCCUUUGAUGGCAGCCGGGAGGAGCAGUUGCGGCAGUGUUCGGACCAUCGAGGACUAAUAUACAGUACGUAA